CAGAGACGCAGUCGCUCCAAGUCCCCGUGGUCGUUUACGUGAGUAGCAUGGAGAGGUCGAAUGCAGUCAGACUGGUCACUGCAACCAAAACAUGUCGAUAUCUUCGUGGACGAGAAGGACCUGAGAAACAACAUCGAAGCGCUCCUGAAGGAAGUGCGGCCACUUUGGAAGCCGGCGGAGAUUAAGCUGAAGAUUUUUACCGAUGGAAUCACAAAUAAGCUUGUCGGUUGUCAUGUGGACCAAGAUAUGGAAGAAGUUGUUCUAGUAAGAAUAUACGGCAACAUGACAGAACUUUUUGUGGACCGUGAGAGCGAGGUGAAAAGCUUUCAAAUCCUUCAUGCUCACCACUGUGCUCCAGAACUUUACUGUACUUUUCAAAAUGGAAUAUGCUACGAAUUCAUCAAGGGAACAGUUCUAGACAUGUGGCUGCUCAGGAAGCCUUCCAUUUUCAGACUUGUAGCAAAAGAAAUGGCUCAGUUUCAUUCUGUCCAACCUGAUAAUGGUUAUUCUUCUGAACCUGUCCUCUGGAAGAAUCUCUCUAUGUACCUGACAUUACUUAAUUCCAGCCACUCGAAGCUAGCCACAGGUGUGAGUUCCAUGGACAUGAAUGAUGUGCCAAGUUUUGACAUUCUUUCCAGUGAAAUUGAAGAACUCAAAGGACACCUUUCCCAAAUUAAAUCCCCAGUGGUCCUGUGCCAUAAUGAUCUACUGUGUAACAAUAUAAUCUACAUUGAAGCAAAAGGAGAUGUAAAGUUCAUUGAUUAUGAAUAUGCUGGAUACAACUACCAAGCAUAUGAUAUUGGAAACCACUUUAAUGAAUUUGCAGGUGUCAGUGAAUUGGACUUCAGCAUGUAUCCACCUCAGGAAAUGCAGGUUGAAUGGCUGAAGUCCUACCUGGAGGUAUAUAAAGAGUGCACUGGCAGUGAACCAGAGGUGACUGAACUGGAAAUACAGAAGCUCUAUGUACAAGUGAACAAAUUUUCAUUGGCUUCACACUUUUCCUGGGGCCUCUGGGCAAUUCUCCAGUCCAGAUACUCCACUAUUGACUUUGAUUUCCUGAGGUAUGCAAGAGAACGUUUCAAACAGUAUUUCAAGAAGAAGGAUGAAAUCCUGGCCUUGCAGCUUCCCUACUGAUGCCAAGAAGAUCUGCAAUCUCAUUCACUGCUGUGGGAAAGAUGGAACAAAAUGGAAACAGUUGAAACUCUUAAGUGAGAAAGUACUAAAAGUUCAGUGUACUUGGAAUCACAAAGUAACAGAGGAGUGAAUCAAGUAUUUCUCAAACUGACUGGUGAAGUCCUCUUUGGAUAUUUAAUUAUAAUAAAUACAAUAUUAGUUACUAGAAAUGAAUGAAUAAAAAAUUGCUAUGGAUCAUUGUGUUAUUUGUACUUCUAAUAUAUGUACUGAUGCUAUAUACCUUCAGGCAUUGUCUACUGUUAUCUUCAAUCAAAUAUUUUUAUUUGAUUGACAAUUUGAAAUAGUUAUUGAACUAUUGUUAAUUGCCACAUAUUUGGCACUUAGUUAUAAGAAAAAAUCAGAUCAAACUAUGUCCAUCUUUUCUUCCAAUAAUGUUGAGUAGCCAUAGGUUUUAUCAUAAUUUACAAAUGCAAAUAUUAACUCAAUUUCUAAAGAAACAUUUAAAAAUGAGUAAGUUCUGGAAAACUUUAAAAAUCUGGAAAUGCACAACUAGUUAAUCAGUGUAUGAAAGAGAAAGGUGAUUAUUUCUGUAUAGAACUCUUCAUCAGAUUUUCCAUCACAUCUGACCCAAUAAAGGAUACUUGAUCUUUCACAUUCUGAUUGAGCUACUGUAAAUUUAUAAUUUAAAAUGUU